UUUUUUAUUUACUGUAAGUUGCAUAUAGCCGCGUAUAACACCAGACAAUUCUCAGAGCUGAUUGGCCGAAUAGUCGAACAGCUGCAACUUCAAUAACCAGAAUCUAAAACCUAUAGUGAUGACUUAAAUUAACAUCUGUUGUUUGCACCUUUUAAAUGAUUUCUUCCUUAAUGUCUCUUUUUCUUUUAAGACUUAUAUCUAAUUUAUGUGUUUUUUUUUUCUUUCUAAAGGUCUUUCUAGGUCACCAUAGUGUCUGAGCUGAAGCAGAGCUGUGUGGAAAUGGACAACCUGCAGGAGUUGAUCCCCUUUGCCAAAGAGAUGCUGAGUCAGAAACCCAACCGGGGUCUGCUGAAGGUCUACCUGGUGGGCUCUGUGAUUGCCGUGCUGGGGACGGUCAUCUGCCUGGUGGAGACCGUGUGUCACCCUUUCUGCUCUGACGAGCCGCUGGACGCUGAGAUGCUCCUCAUGUUAGCCAAGGAGAGGAGAACUGUUGAGGCCGAUGUGCAGCACAAAGUGGAGGGAAAGGAUGAGGAGGAGGAGGAGGAGGAGAAGAAGGAGAAGAAGGAGAAGAAGGAGCAGACUUGGGAAAACGGUGCAACAACCCUGACUUUCUCCAAGACUCACAAAGUCAGCCAAAGGAGCAUCUCCAACAGACUGCACGCCUCCUAAAGCCAACGGGGUCGACCCCCCCGAAAGACUCCAUAUAUUUAUUAGGGAACUG